UUAUCGUUCCAGGUACCUGGGAAUAACAAGACCUCUCACGUACCCCGUAAGGCAGAAUGGGAAGUGUAUGGCCAAAAUGAUCCUGUGUGUAUGGCUUCUGUCUGCCUCGAUCACCAUUCCCCCGCUCUUCGGCUGGGCCCAAAAUGUAAACGACGAAAAGGUUUGUCUGAUCAGUCAAGACUUCGGCUACACCAUUUACUCCACAGCAGUUGCAUUUUAUAUUCCAAUGUCAGUGAUGCUUUUCAUGUACUAUCAGAUUUACAAAGCUGCCAAGAAGAGUGCUGCUAAACACAAGUUUACUGGUUUUCCCCGGCUGGAAGAAACUGAUGGAAUUUCUAUGAAUGGAGUUGUAAAGUUCCACAAGGAAUCUGAGGAAUGCACUAAUUUUUCACGACUCCUAAAGCAUGACAAGAAAAACAUUUCCAUCUUUAAAAGAGAACAGAAAGCUGCCACUACUCUUGGGAUUAUCGUGGGGGCUUUCACCAUCUGCUGGCUGCCCUUCUUUCUGCUCUCGACCGCAAGGCCCUUCAUCUGCGGUACAGCUUGCAGCUGUAUCCCACUCUGGGUGGAGAGAACAUUUCUAUGGUUGGGUUAUGCAAACUCUCUCAUUAACCCUUUUAUAUAUGCCUUCUUCAACCGGGACCUACGGACAACUUAUCGCAACCUCCUGCAAUGCAGAUAUAGGAAUAUCAACCGGAAACUGUCAGCUGCAGGGAUGCAUGAGGCUCUGAAGCUUGCAGAAAAGCCAGAAUUUGUUCUGUAAGGUCACUCAUCCUUUGCUAUGAUAGUCUAUUGGUUUAUUAUGUUAGCCUUUUUCCCCACAGAUUUGAAAGAAGAGUUAUGGGAAGAACCAGGCUUCUUGAGCACU